UACAUGAUCUCAAAAUCGAAAAACAAUUAUGUAAGUAGUUGAGACCAAAAUGGGCACAUAGAGAUGGGACCAAAAUUAUACCGUGUCAUAUUUUGGUUAGCUCUAAUGCAUACACCAAACUCAAGCCAAGACCCGGACCGCGAGCGGCUGCCAAGAGAACUGCCAAGAGGAUGGCAGGUUAGGCCAAGCAGCACACUGGAGCCAUGGUCGCAGUGUAAGGGGAUCAAACCCACGCCCAGAGACAUUGUCAGGCGGAUCUGUGCCGUAUUGCCGUAUUUUGACCGGGAGCACAAAAAUGCUGGUCUCCUCCAACGAUAUCGGGUCACAAUCAACAGGUUGUCAGAAAGCGUGGAUUCAGUGGACCGCGAGGUGGCCUUCCACGCAGCAAUGCUUACGCCUAUUAUGUUCCUGCAGCGGUACAGGGACGCCAAAUGCUUGCUAGAACGGUUACAACAGUCAUUGGAAGAGUUCGACAAAUACCCUCCCUUCGAAAAAAGGAAUGCCCUGAAGAAUCUCCAGGGUCUACGCGAUCUUAGCCACAAGGUCCUGCUGUUCGUCAGCAACCUGCCCGACAAGAGACCCCCGACCCGCACGCCCGCGCCCGACCCGGACGAGGAGGACAUGGGUCUCAAGGGCAAACAUGACGUCCGCUUCUUCAAGGAGUUAAUCAAAAACCUUGGAUAAAUAAAUGCUUUAUUUUACA